ACAUAUUUGAUGUGUUCGGAGUUGCUUCCUUCUACUGGUUAGAAUCUAGCAUAUACUCUACGAGUAUCGGGUAUAAAAAGUGUACUUAUGUACAUUAAUAUGUAUGUAUAUGUAUGUACAUAUGUGUAUGUGACACAUUCUUCACCUGGAUAUAAAAUGGUAUUAGUACGUAUAGCUAAACGUCGAGAUCUCAGAAGCAAUAAAAGCUAGAAUGUUGAGUCGGGUUACCCGACGUAAUCGCUAUAUGAAGCCCGAUGAUGCUAUACAAAAUUGGAUUCUUUCUUCCUCAGAGUUUUGAUAAAUAUCAUCGUUUUAAUUUGGAAAUCCAAUAUUUUGUACACCAUGAGGGAUUCUUUCGAAGUCAUUUAUUUUAAAUAUUCUUAAUAUAGUGCGUUUAUCUUAGGAUCUCUAUUUGUGGGGUGCCUUGCACACUGGUAUUCAGCAGACUUAAAUAUAUAUUUUAAAUGGGUCAGUAAAUUGUUAAUGAUUGUUUUGUGGGGGAAACCACAAUUUAGUAGCGUAAAUCUUAUUUAAUUUAACAUCCGGAACUAAAUUUGUAACACACCGUGUAUUUACACAAACUUACCACUGCGCCUACGUCCCCAUUGUUAAAUUGGGCAAUGUCUGAACCCCCUUCUUAAAUCAUUAUUAAAUUAAAUUGUAUGUAAAAACGUCAACUAACCAGCCCCCUUAUUUUUAAGCGUCGCUUUUAUUAUCAUCGCUACAAUGGGGCAAUCUCCGUUGCGGAACAGAGCAUAGUAUUAGGUAGCUUAGCUACUCAGUUUAAUACCAGCAAUUGCCCUGCGAGGGUGCUGUUUUUGUGACUCUGAACAAAGUCAAAAACGAGAGCAAAAUCCGCAGUGUUUGAUUGUCCUAGACUAUCCGUUUGUCGUCCUUAAUACUCAUUAAAAUUUAUUGUCAAAAUGUACACAAACUCCGCAAGUGAUGGUGACGGAGGAGGAGAUGUGCGUAAGCACGAAUCUCUUGAAAUGAGUAAAGAAUUGGGCCACACAGCCAGCUUGCAGUCCAGCCCACCUACAACUACGGACACGUCCAAUAAACAGCAGUUGGUAAAAAUUGAGCAACUCCCCGAUCGCGGAUCAUGGUCUUCCAAAAUGGAUUUCAUACUAUCAGUAGUGGGCCUAGCUAUAGGUUUGGGAAACGUUUGGCGAUUUCCCUAUUUGUGCUACAAAAAUGGAGGCGGUGCAUUUAUAUUACCAUACAUUAUAACGCUGUUUUUGGCAGGUAUUCCAAUGUUUUUCAUGGAACUAGCUCUUGGUCAAAUGUUGACAAUUGGUGGACUCGGUGUAUUCAAAAUUGCGCCCAUAUUUAAAGGAAUUGGGUAUGCUGCUGCUGUGAUGUCUUGUUGGAUGAAUGUUUACUAUAUUGUCAUUCUUGCUUGGGCGGUAUUUUACUUCUUCAUGUCGAUGAGAGCAGAUGUCCCUUGGAGAACGUGCAACAAUUGGUGGAACACAGUCAACUGUGUCAGUCAAUAUGAAAGGAAAAAUUUGCAUUGCUGGGAUAAGAUUAUCAACGGCACCACGCAAAAGGUUUGCUCCGUAUCUGCUCUUAACAUAACAUCUUUAGAACUCACAGAUCCAGUCAAAGAAUUUUGGGAGCGGCGAGCUCUUCAAAUAUCGCAUGGUAUUGAGGAGAUUGGAAAUAUUCGCUGGGAGUUGGCUGGAACUUUAUUACUUGUUUGGAUCCUCUGCUACUUUUGUAUUUGGAAGGGAGUAAAAUGGACAGGGAAAGUAGUAUAUUUUACUGCCUUGUUUCCCUACGUUCUCCUGACGAUUCUACUGGUUCGCGGAAUUACAUUACCUGGCGCUUUGGAGGGCAUUAAAUUUUAUAUAAUUCCAAACUUUUCAAAGUUGACCAAUUCUGAGGUGUGGAUCGACGCUGUCACCCAAAUAUUUUUCUCAUACGGGCUUGGACUCGGUACUUUGGUGGCGUUAGGAAGUUACAACAAGUUUACCAAUAAUGUCUACAAGGACGCGCUUAUUGUCUGCACAGUCAAUUCUAGCACCAGUAUGUUUGCUGGAUUCGUAAUAUUUUCGGUAAUAGGAUUUAUGGCUCACGAGCAACAGCGACCAGUGGCUGAUGUAGCCGCAUCAGGACCUGGCCUUGCAUUUCUUGUUUAUCCAUCGGCAGUUCUGCAGUUACCAGGGUCUCCAAUGUGGUCUUGCCUCUUUUUCUUCAUGCUUCUGCUCAUUGGAUUGGACUCACAGUUUUGUACAAUGGAGGGCUUUAUCACUGCCAUUAUUGAUGAAUGGCCGCAGUUGCUGCGGAAGCGGAAAGAAAUAUUUAUUGCUAUUGUAUGCGCUCUUAGCUACUUAGUGGGCUUAACCUGUAUUACACAAGGUGGCAUGUAUAUCUUUCAAAUAUUGGAUUCAUAUGCAGUUAGCGGUUUUUGCUUACUGUGGCUCAUAUUCUUUGAGUGUGUUUCAAUAUCUUGGUGCUAUGGAGUGGAUCGAUUUUAUGACGGAAUAAAGGAUAUGAUCGGAUACUAUCCCACUGUUUGGUGGAAGUUCUGCUGGUGUGUCACAACGCCCGCUAUAUGCUUGGGAGUGUUUUUCUUCAACAUAGUUCAGUGGACUCCUAUUAAGUACUUGGACUACAGCUAUCCAUGGUGGGCGCAUGCUUUUGGCUGGUUUACGGCGUUGUCAUCAAUGCUUUACAUACCACUUUACAUGUUUUGGUUGUGGAAACGAACUCCUGGUGAAUUGAGUGAGAAAAUUCGAGCUCUUGUACGGAUAGACGAGGAUGUAACCCGGUUACGUGAGAAAAUGCUGAGAGAAGCUUAUGUCAAGGAGAUAGAAUUUAAUUCUUUAUAGACGUUUUUAAGUUAUCUCAUAUUGUUGUAAGGUACUUUUUGUUUGGCCAUUCAAUCAGUUAAAUUUAUUUAAAUUAAUUUUCUACAAUUUGGAAAAAGACAACUUAUUUUGAAAGUUUUCCUUUUCUUAAAAUCAACUUCCCUAUUUUGACAUUUGCAAUGAAUCAUUGUAACAGUUUUAUAUUUUCAUUUAUGUUCCCUUUAUAACUCAGAACUAGUCUUUUUAAUCAAUCGCAAGGGGUCAAGGUUUUUCAAUGGUUAUUGCAGUGUUUUUUGUCGUACUUACUUAAGGUGGUAUGCCAGAAAUAUCUAGAGUAAUUAGAAUCACGAAUUUCUGAAUAUUCUGCUUCUGAAGCAUAAACAUAUAUAUGAAGAAUCCAUGGAGUUCUAAAAGCCAUUUGUCCCUCAUGUUACAUUGUGUGAAUCACGCAUUAAAGAAUACGUGCAUUAAAUGAUUUACAAAAGAAACAUUAUAUAAACAAUGUCCGUAUAUUCAGCAGCGACAGAGAGAAAUUUUAUUUAUAUAUGCAUCCCUUCCAUUGUAAGUUUUAGUCCGCAGCAAUAGACCCAGGAUGUUUUUUGCAUGGCUUAUCAAGAAUGACUUCCAGAUCUGCAUGGCUUUAACAUGUCAACAGCAAAAUCAAACUUUGGCUUUAUCAGUGAGAUAAACAUCUUUUUCAAAACUAUUACAGAAUAGAAAGGGUUUUGAGAUCUAGUUGUGUUUAGAAAUAAGAUAUAUUAUCCGCAAUGAAAUUAUGUAAUGUAAUGUUAUGUAAUAAGAUUGACACCAUAUAUAUACAGAACUAUUUUUGACAAUGUCUUGACAGUGCUUUAGGCAUUGCUAUGUAAUUUAUCUAUAAAAUGUCAAUAUGUUGCUUAACGUGUCAAAU